UGUUGUUGUUGAACACGCGCGGCAUCCAACAUGACAGGCAAGCAGAGUCAGCCGGAUGACAGCGAGGACAAUCAUCAGUCGCGAAUAAAGCUGAUAGCGGACAAGCGCAGGCUCCUGGACGAGAGAUCAGCCCAGGUUGAGGCAGAAAUCAAGAGCUGUUUUGAAGAUUUAAUAAAGCUCCUGCGAUCCAGAGAGAAGCAACUGUUGCGGCAGGCUGAGGCUGUCCACAGACAGCAGCUCUCUCUAAUAGAGACCUCAUUGGACUUCUUACCAGCAUCAGUGGUGAUCCUAAAUGAUAGGCAUGAACUCGAGGAACGGAUACACCGAUUUGGUAAUAUUGAGACACACGGAUCGAACAGUCUUACGAUAAAGGAUGCGGAACCAUACAAGAUCGUGGAUUAUCAAGAGGCUAAUAAGGAUCACGUCAGCUUCGACAAGUCAAUCACCAAAAAGCCAGAUCAAAACGCUCGAGAUCUUCUGAGUCUUCCACGUUGCAAAGACUUUAUAUCUGACUACAGGACCGUGCGUAUCUCGAGUCUGCCUUCCACAUUCCUCGCCGAUAAUCAGCCGCGGAACGUAAAGGCCAAUGCGUUUAAGAUCUUCAAGGACACCCUAUCCAUAUCAGGGUGCUCGCCACUUUUAGUCAUAAAACGUAAACUUGGUCUGACGCAUGUGUCCUUGGACGGGCUACAUGCCUUCGACAAGGCGUAUUCGCGAAAUGUACAGUCUUUCGGAGUAUCGUGUAAGACCACGGAAUCUUGCGAAAUAAAUUCGUCGAUGAACGAAGUGACUGAAACUAAUUUACAGGAAUUCGACAAAAAAGUCUUUGAUCAAGAUGAUUCCGAAUUAAUUAAAUAUCCGAAGGAACGUGAGAAAAGCUACGAGCAUCCGGUACAAGUGCAGCAAUGGCUGCAGCAGAUACUCGCGGAGACCGAAAUAGAACCUGCGAUUCACGAAAUCGGGCAGUUUUCAGAGAUAUCUAAGGCGAAGCUCUGUAAUGAGCUGUAAUCCUGUUUGUCAGUCGAAUUAGACAUCCUUGCAUUGUGUUUCAAUUGGGGCCAAAGUUUCCAAAAUAAUGGAAAGCAAACUGAAAAGGCUGAUUUACCUUAGAAUUGCCCGAUAUUCCUAAUUUAUACGAUCUCUUGUAAAAUAGGAUUGGAAAGACAUCGUUAAGUUUGUAGCUUUUCCAUGGAGAGGAACGUAAAGGAUACCAAAUUUGAAUGACAAAUAGAGAAGGAGAAGAAAAGAGAGAGAGUAAAAGAUUUAUUGUGUACAUCGAUAAAUUUUAGGUACCUCUGCCACAGAUGCUUAAAUGUGGUAUUCCUUGUUUACAACGAAUACUUCGCCGUCAUUUCGAAACAUCAGAUUAGAUUUAUUAGUGUCCUUUUCAAAAAUGUGUGCGUAAAUCCGAAUUAUACAAUUGAUAAGACUGUUUUUUAUUCCACUAAAAGAAUCGCGUAUUUAUUUUACCGUGUAUAAGUUUUUAGUUUAUGUAGAACUUGGGCUAUGCUUGUCGAUCGACAAAUCUGCAUUUACUGAUGACAGUAAAUAAAUGAAUAAUCUUAUUGCGAGUUUCUGCGAGUGAUAUCUUUUUUAUAAAUAAAACUUACGAUUGUGUAUGUGAUAUUGUUGUAAAUAAUUAAUUUAAUUCAUCGUCAUAUCGUAAUUUGACAACUCUUUCUCUCCACUUACAUGACUAAAUUGUGCGUAUGCAUAUAGUUGCAGAUUUUGCAUCCAUUUGAUUUAUUAUAUGCUCAGUAUUUUGAGGAUAUAGAAUAUUAAAAUUCCAGCAACUAUUAGCAUUAAACUGAAGCAAUCUAAGAUUAUUGGUUGUUUUUGCAUUUUAUCACUGCUCCAUGCUUAAACAGAUGAUAUAUUGAAAUAUGCUCAUAUCAAAUUUAAUACUGUGAGAAAAAAUAUGUAAUAUCCUCAAUAAAUAAAUUUUUUUAUGAAAUUGCAUCAGGAGUUAAGAGAACUCCUGUAAUUAAUAAUUGGAAA